GAUCCAAUCAAGCAGACAUCGAAAUGCCGGUAUUUACAGAAUUCGCAUCCAAGUCGCGGGACCUGCGUGUCCUUCCUUCCUUUGCUCUUCCAUUACCUCGACUUACUCCGCCGUUCGAACCCACCGUAAACGAUGGAGUCGAACGUUACGAGGUUGUCAUCGUUGGGGCUGGACCCUCGGGACUGAUGCUGGAACUUCUGCUGGCCAGAUACGGCUUGAGUGACGAAUCUCUCCUUUGUAUUGACUCGAAGCCAAGCACGUUGAAAUCAGGACAGGCAGAUGGUGUUCAACCUCGGACGUUGGAAGUAUUUAAAACCUUGGGGAUUUCCGACGAGAUUGAGAACGAAGCAUGUCAAAUGUGGCAGUUUGCCUUUUGGAAUACCUCAUCAGACCCAUCCCGAAUCAUUGAGCGGAAAUCCGUGGUCCCCGAAGUGAUACCCCCCGCUCGGUUUCGCUACGAGGCCACUAUACAUCAGGGACGCAUUGAACGGAUUAUGGAGACUGACCUCCUGCGGUACUCCAAAAGAGGCGUGCAAAGGGACACCAAGUUGAUCCAUGUCCAGCUGAAUGAAGAUGACAAGGAGUUUCCUGUCCUGGCGGAGAUUGAGACACGCGGGUGUGUGGGACUAAAGCUGGAGGGUCAAUCGCUCGACCAUAUAUGGGGCGUUAUAGAUUUGGUAGUGGAUACGAAUUUCCCUGACAUUCGCCGGCGAUGUGCUAUCCAUUCCCCAGCUGGCUCGGUGAUGGUCAUACCACGAGAACGAAUCGUGACGGGUGAGUAUCUUACGCGACUUUAUGUCCAGGUACCUGGAAUGGCAAACCCCGAUGGAGAUAUAGUGGGAGCGGCUACCCCAGUUUCCGAAUUCGAUGAUGCUAGGGCACGCAGACAGAAGGUGACGAAGGAGGGAAUUCUGAAGCAAGCAGCAGAUGCAUUCAAGCCAUAUUACCUCAGGCCGAAAAGCGAGGAAUCAAUCGACUGGUGGGCAGCGUAUCAGAUUGGGCAGCGGGUCUCACCAGAAUUCAUUGUCAAGGACUCUACUGGAGUUCCUAGAGUAUUCAUUGUGGGAGAUGCUUGCCAUACUCAUAGUCCAAAGGCCGGCCAAGGAAUGAAUGUGUCCAUGAUGGAUUCCUAUAACCUGGCCUGGAAGCUGGCCUACCACAUUCACGGACUCAGCCCUUCGUCUACCGAGCCCGACCAGCCACAUCCCCUCCUCGACACUUAUCAUCUGGAACGGCAUGCGAACGCGCAGCAGCUGAUUGAUUUUGAUCGCAAGUUCUCUACCAUCUUCUCGGGUCAACUGGACACGGAGGAGUCAGGGAUGUCGCACGCGGAAUUUGUGGCCACAUUCAACACCGGCAACGGCUUCACCAGCGGCUGCGGGGUGGAAUACGGAGAGAGUAUGAUCGUUGACCGAACGGCAUCGGCGGGACAGGAUAGCCCCAUCCGGGGCGACGACUACUUAUCAGGAAUACCGCGACCGGGCAGACGAUUGCUGAACGUGAAGUUGAGGCGUCAUGCGGAUGGAUGGCACCGGGAUAUUCAGGACGACCUGGCAUCCACGGGCCGGAUCCGCGUUCUAACGCUCACGUCUAAUGAUCUUCUGAACGCCCAAAGUGUGUCUGCUCGAUCAUUGCAGGAUGUGUCUGCCUUGCUGGGUACUUUCCCAGCGGGGAUUAUCGAGCAGAUAGUGGUGCACCCGCAGCUCCCGAGAGAGUUUGAAUGGGACAGCCUUCCGGGGUGCGUGAAAGAACAUGCGGAGAUGCGCUUCUACAAUGGAAGCGAGCUGGAGGAUGCAUAUGAAAUCUACGGGGUGGACCCUCAUCAGGGAGCCAUGGUGGUUGUCCGGCCCGACGGGUACGUUGGGAUAGUUGUAGCGCUCGGGGAGGUGGAUCGCGUGGGAGAGUACCUGCGUCGCUGCAUCAGAACGAGGUAGAGAUGGUU